ACAAACCAUUUCAACACACAAACAUACACAGUUCUUCUUUAUAUUUAAAUACCAGCUGCAAGAAAGAAUGGCAAAAGAGUCUACCACCAUUGAAGUCGGCGAGCCUAGCACCGUGACCAAAAGUUCAAGCCAUGUCGUUGUGGAUGAGAAGAAGAAAAAGGGCUUUGUAGCAGCCACCGCAGGAGGCGGCUACAAGAGAGGUUUGGCCAUAUUCGAUUUCCUCCUACGUUUGGCAGCCAUAGUAACCACUAUUACGGCUUCCUCCGUCAUGUACACCGCCGAGGAAACUCUUCCCUUCUUUACUCAAUUCUUACAGUUCCAAGCUGGUUACGAUGACUUUGCCACAUUUCAGUUCUUUGUGAUAUCCAUAGCCAUGGUCGCCAGCUAUCUCGUCCUUUCACUUCCCUUCUCCAUUGUAACCAUUAUCCGUCCACUUGCCACCGCCCCCCGGUUGAUCCUCCUCAUCUCCGAUACCGUGGUCGUGACGCUUACCACAUCAGCGGCAGCUGCUGCAGCCGCAAUUGUCUACCUUGCCCAUAACGGCAACCCAAACGCUAAUUGGCUCCCCAUUUGUCAGCAGUUUGGAGACUUCUGCCAAGCCGUGAGUAGUGCAGUUGUAGCCGCUUCUAUAGCGGUUGUCUUCUUCAUCCUUCUCAUCGUCAUCUCAGCCAUUGCCCUAAAAAGGCAUUAA